AUGGCAGCUGUUGACAUCGACGUGCCGGUGGACACAGAGCCUCAAAUCUGCAAUCCGGACGACAUGGAACGUCAGGCGGAAGGGUUCAAAGAGCAAGGAAAUGCAUUCUACAGCCAGAAAGAUUACUCUGAGGCUUUCAACUACUACACGAAGGCCAUAGAUGCAAGCCCCAGAACUGCCAGUUAUUAUGGCAACAGGGCAGCCACCCUAAUGAUGCUCUUCCGCUUUCGAGAGGCCCUCGAAGAUUCCCAGCAGGCCGUGCGGCUGGAUGACUGUUUCAUGAAGGGUCAUCUACGCGAGGGCAAAUGCCACUUGUCGCUGGGAAAUGCCAUGGCAGCUAAUCGCUGCUUCAAGAAGGUCUUGGAGCUGGAGCCCAGCAACAAAGAGGCCCAGCAGGAGAAUAAGAGUGCAGAAACUCUCCUGGAGUACCAAAGGAUGGCAGACGUUGGCUUUGAAAAGCGGGACUUCAGAACGGUGGUGUUCUGCAUGGACCGGGCUUUAGCUCUGGCUUCCGCCUGCCACCGCUUCAAAAUCAUCAAGGCCGAGUGUCUGGCUCUGCUGGGCCGCUAUCCAGAAGCCCAGUCCGUAGCAAGUGAUAUCUUGCGAAUGGAUUCCACAAACGCAGACGCACUCUACGUGCGAGGCCUGUGUCUCUACUACGAGGACUGUAUCGACAAAGCCGUUCAGUUCUUUGUCCAGGCUCUGCGCAUGGCACCGGAUCACGAAAAGGCCCGGCUGGCCUGCAGGAACGCCAAAGCCUUGAAAGCCAAGAAAGACGAGGGCAACCAGGCAUUUAAGAGCUGCAGCUAUCAAGCCGCCUACCAGCUGUACACGGAGGCCCUGACGAUAGACCCCAACAACAUCAAGACCAACGCUAAGCUCUACUGCAACCGAGCCACAGCAGGCGCCAAGCUGAAGAAGCUGAAUGAAGCCAUUGACGACUGCACCAGUGCAAUCAAACUAGACGACACUUACAUCAAGGCCUACUUAAGAAGAGCUCAGUGUUACAUGAACACAGAGCAGUACGAGGAAGCUGUGCGGGAUUAUGAAAAGGUUUACCAGACGGAAAAAACAUCAGAACACAAGCAUCUGCUAAAGAACGCACAGCUGGAGCUGAAGAAGAGCAAAAGGAAAGAUUACUACAAGGUGCUGGGAAUCGGCAAGAACGCCACCGAGGACGAGAUCAAGAAAGCGUACCGCAAACGGGCCCUCAUGCAUCACCCAGACCGGCACAGUGCAGCAACUGCGGAUGUGCAGAAAGAGGAGGAAAAGAAAUUCAAGGAGGUGGGCGAGGCCUUCACUGUGCUCUCCGACCCAAAGAAGAAGAUGCGCUACGACAGUGGACACGACCUGGAGGAGGAAAACUCCUUUGAUGGCGGAGAUUUCGAUGCAAACAACAUCUUCAGGGCUUUCUUUGGCGGCCAUGGUGGUGGUGGUGGUGGUGGAGGAGGAGGAGGAGGUGGAGGAGGAUUUAGUUUUGAUUCCAGUCCAGACUCUGGACCUGGGAAUUUCUUUUUUCAAUUCGGCUAAAGUGAAGGAGCAGGCGGGAGAAUGCACACUGCAGUGGGAAAAAUAAAGUUGGACCCACAGUCACCUCCUGAUGCUCACACUCCUGAGUGUCUCACAAAACAUCCCCACCGGGUUUUUUUUCCCCCCCAAGAGUUUUUUGAUUAUUGCAUUCACUCGUAAAUUUUCUCAGAAACAGAGGAGAGUAAUACAGAGACUUAAGUUAGAAAUCAUUGUUGUAAAUAAAAAAAGUGCUUAAGAAGUCCCUUUUAAGAGAUUUGGAUCAGCUGAUAAGAGCAUGUCUUUGUUGCCAAACUCUAAAAUGAUAUUAAAUAUAGAAAUCUUGUAAAACUGUCUCAACCUUCAUGAAGGUGACCGGUAGUAAAAAAUGCAUUGGAAGUUAAAGCAUCUUGGUUGAUUAGUUUUAGAAGACAUUACAUGGCAUCAGUUUUUAUGGUUCUCCCGGGACAGCCGGUCUCCGUAGAGCAAGAGUCAAUGUACUGUGGAAGUUCAAUGUCAAAACUGACCUCAGGACAGCCUGUUUAGGACAACGCUGGUCUCUUGCGAGUGUGUUCAGGUUUUAUUGGCUCGUUUGCCACGUGUAGAAUCGAUGUGCAGGUUUUUCGUUUUUUCUCCAUGCUGCAUUGUAUAUUUGACUCGAAUGUAAAGUGUUUUGUGUCCAUAAAUAGUUUUCUCCUUCAGUCUUCCCUCGGUCUUUAUAUUUAUUGUACUGUGUAUUCUAACCUGUAUACAGCAGAAUGCCGGUGCUCAUUGUCUUCCUCCUCUUAAAAGACUAACUAAAUUUUUGUUUUGUUUUCCACGUCAUUCUUUUUGUUCUCGGACUGUGUAAUGUAUAUAUUUGUUCUGAAACAGCCUAAAAUCAGCACACAUAAAAACUACAGAUUUUCUUCUCUUAAAAGCACCCGCCAAACAUCUGUCCUGCUGUCCCAGUCAAAUACAAGUGGUGCCUUAUCAGAAUGAUACAACCUUCUUUCAGUAAAACCAAAAUAAAAGUUUCAAGACAAUAUCCCUGUUUCAAAAGCCAACAGCUAAACUUGUAAGUUUUAGUUUUUUGAUGCACUCACACAUGACUUAUUUCAUAUCUGCCCAGUGACUGAAAUGCAACUUUGUAAGUGAAUUCUUGAUCUCGUCAAUUACAAAAGACUUCUGUCCAUGUCAUCGUCAAGCACACCUAGGUGUCAUCCAUCCAUACCUGUCCUGCACGUUUGGUCAGUACGGCCCUUCCCUUACUUGUUCCACCUGUUUUAAAGGGGCACUGGUAGUACUUUGGAAGCUUCUAUUGUAAAUUGUUCUCUCACCGAUCAUUUUUAAAACUUGUCACAGUAUUAAUGAUACGUUUUUCUUAUUGCAAAAAUAAAGGCUUGUCUUUUACUGUAA